GUUAGUCAUUGUAUUUCUCCACAUUUAUUUUUGAUUUCUUGCAAUAUUUCUUAUUUACCAGGACUUUAUGGAGAUGAGCCAUCAACACCAACACAGGUCACAACCACUUCUCAUUUGCAAACAACAGGACCGACUGUUACAUCAGUUUCAAUACCUGUGAGUUUACCUGUGGAAGAGACUGUGGGUCCUGUGACCGAGAAAUCCACACUGGCUAACAAUACCUCAGACCUCACAGAACAAACUGCAACAGCAGGUAGCAAUGGCAGUAUUGCAACUACGCCCCAAGUACUGCCUACAAACACAAGCAGAAAUGCCUCAGAGGACCAAAUGACUACAGAUAUCCCAGCCAGCACAAAGCAUGACACACCAGAAACAACUGUUCCAUCCAGCACACCCCAAACAACAAUGUCAGUUAACCAUACAGGUGGACCUGUAGAAAGUACCAACCAGACAACAAUACCAAAUAUUCCAGAGAUGAGUACAGAAUCUGUAGCUACUACAAUUAAUACAGAACCAAGUACUGGGAGUGAGAAAUCUACCGUGCCAAUUACGCCAACUCCCAAACCUUCUGAAACAGUGUCUAACAUAACAAGAGAAAAUACAACUUCGACUACAGUUGCUCAAAAUGACACAAUUACAACUACAGUACCAAAAAAUGAUUCGGCAGGACAACCUGAAAAAGAUAGCACAACUGUAAAAAGUACAACUGCAAAAAGUACAACAACUGCAAAAAGUACAACAACUGCUGCAACAGACAAAAAAGAAACACCCGCUUCUCCGAUCACCAAGAGCGAUAAAGAAGUUUCUAUAAAAUCAACCUCAGCCCAGACAACAUCAAACCAGGGUAACGCCGAGCAGCCAAAGGCACUUACUUCAGGAAGUGUGGCAGCAAUUACGAUAGUUGUCAUUGGUCUUGUAUUAAUAAUAUUUGGAGCAGCAGCUUUCUGGAAAAUUAGGCGUAGAUCCUACGGAAGACUACGGGAAGACCCAGAUUAUGGCUCUUUAGGAAAUUAUAACAAUCCAUUGUAUGAUGACUCUUGA